ACUUGAGGUCACUGGUCACUUUUUUUGCUUGCUGCAAGGCUCUCUCUCUUUCUUCCUAUGAGUACGCCCAAUUCCAUCAACUUCAAAUAAAAAGGCGACCAGAUGACUUGUGUGAGAUAUUGUUGAACUUUUUAAUCGGGUAUCCAUUCUUCUACAGUUCUAUCAUUUAUCUUCAACACAAAGUCCAAGAUGUCUAAUACGCCUGCUCCGCCCGAGGACCAGGCGAGGUUGUUGGAAGAUGCCUUGAUCGCCGUGCGCCAGCAAACUGCGCUUAUGCGCAAAUGCCUCGACACUCCCGGCAAGCUCAUGGAUGCCCUUAAGUGCUGCUCUACGUUGGUCGCCGAACUGCGAACGAGUAGCCUGGGUCCGAAACAAUACUACGAACUAUAUAUGUCCGUCUUCGAUGCCUUACGUUAUCUAUCGAUGCAUCUACGAGAAAAUCACCCCCAUAAUCACCUAGCCGAUCUCUACGAACUCGUCCAGUAUGCUGGUAAUAUCAUCCCACGUCUCUAUCUCAUGAUCACGGUCGGUACGGCAUACAUGUCUAUUCCCGAGGCUCCGGUGAAAGAGUUGAUGAAGGAUAUGAUGGACAUGAGCCGUGGUGUUCAACACCCAAUCCGAGGUCUAUUUCUACGCUACUAUCUAUCCGGCCAAGCCCGAGACUUCCUGCCCACCGGUGAUGGCGAUGGUCCCGAAGGAAACCUUCAGGAUUCGAUCAAUUUCAUUCUGACGAAUUUUGUCGAAAUGAAUAAACUUUGGGUUCGGUUACAGCAUCAAGGUCACUCACGAGAACGGGAACAGAGAACUAGGGAGCGCAAGGAGCUUCAGCUUCUUGUGGGCAGUAACAUAGUACGGUUGAGCCAGUUGGUGGAUCUCGAGGCUUACAAAGAUGGCAUUCUCGGUCCUUUACUCGAGCAGGUGGUACAGUGCCGUGAUGUCUUAGCCCAAGAAUACCUCUUGGAGAUCAUCACCCAGGUUUUCCCGGACGAGUUUCACCUACAUACCUUAGAUCAGUUCCUAGCUGCGGUUUCGCGGCUGAACCCCCACGUCAAUGUCAAGGCUAUUGUCAUUGGGCUGAUGGAUAGGCUAUCUGCAUAUGCUGAACGGGAAUCCCAGGAAGAAAUUGGAGAGGACAGAGCAAAAUUGGAGGAAGAUGCGUUGGCAAGUCUUCUAGAAAAAGUUAGGUUGGGCAAGGAACAGCAAGAAGCGAAGCCGACACCUGAUGGAACUUCUACAGAAGCGAAUGGGGAGCAUGCCAACGGAGAACCCGCGGAAUUUUCUGAGAGUAGCGCGCCGGCGGAACCCGAAUCAGCCCCAUCGAUCGCGGAUACCGAAGCGACCGCAGUCGAGAAGGAGACGGACGGCUCUUCCCAAGCGACCAAGAAACAGCGUGGGAUCCCUCCCAAUGUCAAGCUGUAUGAGGUUUUCUUUGACCAGGUUAUUAACCUCGUCAAUGCGCAACACCUCCCCAUACAGGAUACAAUCGCCCUGCUAGUAUCUCUCACCAACCUAGCUUUGAACAUAUACCCAGGUAGACUUGAUUAUGUCGAUCAAAUCCUCGAUUAUGCAAAUCGUAAGGUCAAAGAGCAUGCUAAUAGCGCCGACCUUCACUCCGCCCCGGCACAGCAGAGUUUACUCGCACUCCUACAAGCUCCUCUUAAGAGAUAUGUUUCUAUUUUCACAGCCCUAUCUCUUCCUACUUACGUACCUCUUUUCCAGUCCCAAACCUAUCCAACGAGGAGAGCCGUUGCUGGCGAGGUCGCGAGAACACUGUUGCGCAAUCAAACUGAGAUAUCCACCACUACUCAACUCGAAAAUGUGCUCGAGAUUCUCAAGGUGUUAAUCAAAGAGGGAUCGCAGCCUCCCGCUGGAUAUCCCGGUGGCCCACAAAGAAGGGCGUUGGAAACAGAUGAGACGAUGGAGGAGCAAGGUUGGUUGGCACGGAUAGUCCAUCUGCUCAACGGUGAAAACAAUGAUACCCAAUUCCGACUUCUCCAGAUGGUGCGUAAGGCGUUUUCUGAAGGCAAUGAGAGAAUUCGCACGACCACCCCUCCUUUGAUCACCGCUGGUAUGAAAUUGGCCCGUCGCUUCAAGGCCAGAGAACACUAUGAAGACAAUUGGGAAACACAACUGAGCGCCCUUUACAAGUUUUUGCAUUCUGCAAUCUCGACUAUUUACUCGAGAGUUAAUGGUUCGGGUGCGGCCGAACUUUCCCUCCGAUUAUUCUGUGCUUGUGGCCAGACCGCGGACAUGACGAGCUUCGAAGAAGUUGCAUAUGAGUUCUUCGCGCAAGCUUUUACAGUUUACGAAGAAGCGAUUUCUGACUCUAAGGCACAAUUUCAAGCUGUGUGCGUCAUUGCCAAUGCAUUGCACCAGACGAGAAAUUUCGGCAAAGAGAACUAUGAUACCCUCAUUACCAAGUGCGCUCUACAUGGUAGCAAACUCCUACGGAAGCCAGACCAAUGCAGAGCGGUAUACUUAGCAAGUCACUUGUGGUGGGCGAUCCCAAUUUCCGCCAUUGGCGAGUCGGACGAAGGUCUCUACCGAGAUGGAAAGCGAGUUCUAGAAUGCUUGCAACGAGCACUGCGUGUUGCAGACUCCUGUAUGGAACAAGCAACCUCGAUUGAACUCUUUGUUGAAAUCUUGGAUCGUUACGUGUACUACUUUGACCAGCAAAAUGAAUCGGUCACUACUAAAUACAUCAAUGGGCUCAUCGAGCUUAUCCACUCUAAUCUGAGCACGAACCAACAGGAUUCGGCAAGCAUCGAAAGCAGCAAGCGACACUUCAAACACACAUUAGACAAUAUCGCGUCGAGAGGAUACGAAGGGGUGGUUCUCUACCCCCAAAAAUGAUAGUACUAAUUUUUCCUUAAUACGGCGUGUAUGAGUCGCUUACGUACAAUGUAAGCAGCAAAAAAAUUGGCACUCUGGCUAAUGAGAUGGCGACGUCUUCGUGAGGAGUAAGAGAGAGAAGUUGGAGAUUACCAUGUACAUAUGUAUAUUCGAUUGACGGUUUGAAAGGAUCCAUUGCGUUGUGCUUCUCACUCGCAGGAGUCUAGGUGUACUCCCUUUUUCUAAGAGUUGCGUUAGUUAGUACCACGGGUCUAACCCAUUCUGUAAGAGUUCGUGAUGAAGCCCAUUUUCGCCGAUGAUGAUUCUCUAUUUCUUUCGACAAUCCAUCUAUGCAGAUGUUUAUGUGAUGUAAAAUGAAUUUCUAUAUACGUAUACUAAUUUCAUACCUUGUACCCCUAAUUAAUAGCGAGAGUUCACUGUAUUUAGUACCUGUAUAAGGCUAGGGGCCAUAAU